AUGCUGUUGCACCUGACUGCUGCCUGUGAAUCCUGUGGACUGAGUCCACAGCAGGAAGAAAAAAAGGAAGAGGAGCCUGUUGUUCCUGUCCCCUGCCGCGGCGGGUGUGGAUUCUGCGGCACCGCCAAGACAGACAACUAUUGUUCAAAAUGUUAUGCGGAAAGAAAGAAAAAAGAAGAGGAUGAAGCGAAAACAAAGAAAGAAAAGUCCUGUCGAAGUGGCCUUGUUCUGAGCUCACAGGGAACAGCUGAGGCGAUGGAAGACGUGCCUAGGGAAGAGCAGAAGGACAAAACAAAGUGCUGGCAUUGUGGUAAAAAGUGUGGCCUGACUGGCUUCGAGUGCCGAUGUGGCUAUACGUUCUGCGCGAAGUGCAGACACGCAGAGGACCACAAUUGUGAUUUCGACCACAAGGGCAAGGGUCGAGAAAUCCUCGCCAAGAACAACCCGAAUAUUUCCAUAAAAGGUGGUGCUCCCGCUGUUUGA